AUGGCUAAAUCAAUUGCUGCAUUGGUACUGCUUGUUCUGUUGCUCUCCAUUUUCUCUCUCCUCAUCCCUUCGGGGGCUCGUGUUCUUUGGGGGCUUCGAGCCACCAGGAAGGAUAUUGGUAGCCAACACCUUCUUAUGAGCAAGUUGGGAUUUAGUCCCAUGGAAGUCGAGAAUUAUCAAAGGUGGUCUCUUAAUGUCGGUUCUGAUAAAGUCUCACCAGGAGGGCCAGAUGGUCAAAGCCCAGGUCCAGGGAAGAAGCAAUAUCAACAGCAACGAAUGUCGACUAACUUGGCUUGGAUGUUCGGCAACGACGAGGUUGAUCUGGAGGAGAUCUUUGCUUUGUGGUUGCCCUAA